AUGCCUUCAAAUAAAACAGAUCAGAAGCGCAAGCGCUCCUCGAAAAAUGACGGUCCCAGCAAGAAACCCGCUUUCCACAUGCUGCCCCCAUUGGCCGCCAGCGUGAUUGAAGAUAAAAGCGAGCUUGCACCGAUAAUUGCCAAUACCCCCGGCCUUCAGAGCUCGAAUUCUCUCCGCUUCAACCCAUAUAUCAAAAGCCGCUCCAAUGUCCCCAAGUCAGCGGCAGCAACCCGGAACCCGGGCAUUGUCUCGUCAGAGAUCCUCCUCCAGUCCUCAGACCACGCCAAGAUGGACUUUGUCGGCCGUGAAGGCACAGGAGACGACACCGACUCGCAAGUGAAGCACUACGUUGCAGUCGUCGACCCUGAGGAGAAGACCUGGAAAGUCGUAGAGGUCCGACGGGCAACACUCCGCGGAGCCCUGAGAACCCGCCGAACGGAAGAAGAAGACUCAGAAGAAGAGCUUAAUACCAUGCGCGCCCAACGCACCGCUCUAACCAACACCUUCGGUACCAAACAAUCUCGCAAAGCAGUGCAAUCCAUGGCCGAGAACGCCCAACUCUCCAACGCCCCCGCCGGCGCCGUCCCCCAAGCCGGCGCAGCCCUCAUCUCCUCGCUGCCAGCCAACACAGCCUCCGGCCUCGCCAAAGCCCUCGCCACCCAAGCCGAAGUCCAAGCCGCCAAGCCCCUGCCCACGCCCAACCUCACAGCCUCGCACCCCUCGGACGUGUACUCAAUCGAGACCCUCGUGCCGGGCAGCCACAGCACGCUGUCGCAACUCAACGGCGUCAGCGAAUGGAAAUCCCAAGUCGACGCCGGUCUCGGCGUAACAACCGUCUCCCGCUACGUCUCCAACCGCGUCGGCCCAGUAGCAACCUCCGACAACACAACCCACCUCCAAGUUCUGCGCUUCAUCCAGCUCCUCAUCGAAUUCGGCCGCUGUCUGAAAUCCAUGGGUGCGAACGCCAAGGGCGGCGGUCCCGGCAGCAAACGUCUCCCGCCCCGCGAUGAUCUGCGUCGUAUUCUUUCUAACACGACCGGUGCCGCGGCUAAGCCCGUUGCGGCUGCUAAGGCGGCGCCUGUUGAUGGUGAGCUGUUGCCGGACUCGGUGAUUGAUGCUGUGCGGAGGAGGUUCGCGCCUAGUGGUGGCUUUGUCUCGAAGAAUGAUCUUACCCUGCUGCAUACCACUAUCUGUGCUUUGUCGUUGCAUAUCCCCCCUCAGCCGGCCAAGGAUGGUGGGUCUAGCUCGCUGGGUGGGAAUGCGCCUAAUGAGCUGGCGACUGAUCCGUCCGAUUUGAGGGAUGAUUUGAGACUGGAUCCGAAUACUAUUCAUCAGUAUUUCAGGGAGCUGGGCUGUCGCAUUGAUAAGCCUAGGGAGACGGAGUUUGCCAAGUGGAAUAUUAAGGGUGGAAAGGCUGAGGCGCAUGCACGUCGGGUUGCGAGAUUGCGCGUGCCGGUUGAGUUCCCCAAGGUUAGUCGUGGUGGGAGGAAGUAG